UAUUCUAUUGGAGUUGGCUCAGGAAUCGAUGUGGACGAACUUAGGACAAUGGCUUCUCCUCCCGUGGAUAAUCAUGUCUAUUUGUUACAGAAUUUUAAUGAAUUCGCGACUUUGGCACGGAAUAUGUCGUCUACUACUUGCAAAGUAAACUGUGAUGAACUCAUUUGCGGAAGAAAUGAAAUUUGUGUAGCAGUUGGUGAUACCCAUCAAUGUGUUUGUAACGCUGAUUUUGAAGGAGAAAACUGUGAUAAAAGAGUUGAAGCGACAUGUAAAGCUCAGGGAGAUCCGCAUUACACGACAUUCGAUGGAAAACGUUUUGACUUCAUGGGAAAAUGUGAAUAUGUUCUGGCAAAAGACUUUGUAAACAACACAUUUGAAAUAAGGCAAGCAAAUGAACCUUGUGGAAAUGGACUUCCGACGUGUACGAAAUCAUUGACAGUGAUAUUCACCAAUUCAACCUCCAUUCAUCUCCGAAGAGGAAUGACAUUGGUCAAUGGAGCGAAAGUCACAUUGCCAGUCUUCUAUCCAGGUGUUAACAUUACUAAACCUGCAAGUGGUCAAACAUUGGUAACAAGUGAUUAUGGUGUCACAGUAUUUUGGAACAAUGUCUACAAUGUGCGAGUGACCGUUCGUGGUCGUUAUUUAAACAGAACAUCUGGUUUAUGCGGUACCUAUAAUAAAAGACGCGAUGAUGAAUUCUGGACAUCUAAUAGAACAGUUUUAACUGACCCAGUAGCCUUCGGAAACUCUUGGAAAGUUGAUCCAGAAUGCGCAAAUGCUGUUGAAGUGCUACACCCAUGUGAUGUCAAACCAGCGAGAAGAUUGGUGGCCCGUGAAAAGUGUUCAACAUUACUUAGCCCGCCCUUCAGUAUUUGUUCCAGUUACAUCGAUGCGACCAGUGAAGGGUAUAUUGAAGACUGUGAAUAUGAUAUGUGUGCUUGUGAAGAUGAUCCUGUUGUUUGUUAUUGUCAGGCUCUUGAAGCUUACGCUGAUGAUUGCUCACCCCAUGUUAAUAUACCAUGGAAGGGAACAAAUGAAUCUGCAAUUUGCCAUACCCCUUGCGCAAGUGCUCCAUGUUACAAUAGAGGAACUUGCAUCAAUCUUGGUCCUUCAUCAUUUCAAUGCAGAUGUCCUGCUGAAUAUCGCGGUGAAAGAUGUGAAAGCGAAGUUCGACACCAAAUACCGUAUUUAUUCUUCUCAACAUCACUUGGCACGCUGUCCUAUAAUACGAAAAUAUCCACAAGUAUCCCAACGAAAGUUGACGAUAGAGUGAAUGCUUUACUGUCUUUUGAUGCAAUAAACAAACGGCUGUACCUGUAUGUGAAGUUACAAGGCUUUACAAGUUACAAUUUGGAUGGCUCAGAUGCUACUACAACAUCAAUCAAUGAUGUGGAUUUAUUCACGGUGGAUGGGAGAACAAAUUCGAUAAUUUAUUAUCACUCAAUUGAACAUAAAUUAAGAACACACAAUAUGACAGGUGGACAAGAUAUUAAAAUUGAUGCUUUAUCCUAUCUAUCCAACAUCACAGAUCUUGAAAUGGACACAACUAAUGGUUACCUCUACAUAGCAAGCGCAAAUGCUCCACAAAUCGUGCGCUACAAUCCAUCGGAUGAAUCAAAGUCGGAGAUCCAUUUUGCAGGCGGUUCUGCACAGUCAAUUUCUUUUGACGAAUACAAUAAUGUUAUUUACUGGGCGAAUUUCGAUGGAAGCUAUCACAGCGUCAUGAAAACACUGCCUAAUAAAGAAACAGUUUCUUUGAAUAUAUCGUAUCCAGGCAAAAUUGAAGUGACUUCUGAUUUCUUUUAUUUGUUUGUUUUUGACAUCAACAACAACCGGAUUGACAUGUAUUUGAAAACAUCGCUUGAGAAGCUUGGGAAUAUCACCAAUAAUGUUCAAAUUCACGAUUUAGUUGUAGCAUAUGACACAGAUGAAUGCCAGCUUCGAACUCACUGUCCCGAGAAAUUUGUAUGCGAAAACACUCUUGGAAGUUUCACCUGUACUUGUAGUGUAGGGUAUGCUAGAAAUGGCAGUCAUUGUGAAGAUAUAAAUGAAUGCGAGAUUGGGAGUAACAAUUGUGAUCAUUCAAUUCGAGCGACAUGUAUAAACACGGAUGGUUCAUUUACCUGCCUUUGUAACGAAGAUUAUACCGGAGAUGGGCGAACAUGUAAAUUAAUACCAAGGUGUACGACGAAGAGUGAUCUUGGAUUUAUGUUAGACAGUUCUGGUAGUAUUGGGUCAACACAUUUUGAGACAAUGAAAUCGUUUGUAAAGGACCUUAUCUAUCACUUCAAAGUAUCACAAAACAAAACAAGGGUCUCCGUGAUAUCAUAUGCCUCCUCGGCGUCAUUGCAUCUUACAUUUUCUCAAGCAUUUCCAACACGGCAAGAUCUCUAUUCUGCUAUAGACAACAUUCCGUACACGGGUGGAGGCACUAAUACUGCCGAAGGCUUGAGACUUGCGAAAUCGCACAUGUUCAAUACCAACAAUGGUGCCCGCUUAUUAGGAACAAAAAGGGUUUUGAUAGUGUUGACUGAUGGGCAAAGCAGUGGAAAUGUUGCACAACCAUCCCAGGAGCUAAAAAAAGAAGACGUUGUCAUAUAUUCGAUUGGAGUUGGCUCAGGAAUCGAUGUAAACGAGUUGAGAAUAAUGGCUUCACCUCCUGUUGAUGAUCAUGUUUACUUAUUGCAAGAUUUUAAUGAAUUUUCAAUUUUGGCACAGAAUAUGUCGUCCACAACAUGCAGAGUUUUGAACUGUAAUGAAAUAAGAUGCGGAGAAAAUGAGAUAUGUGUUCCGGUUGGUGAUACCCAUGAAUGUAUUUGUCACCCUGAUUUUGAAGGACAAAGUUGCCAAAAAAGAGUUGAAGCGACAUGUAAAGCCCAGGGAGAUCCACAUUACACGACAUUUGAUGGAAAACGUUUUGACUUCAUGGGAAAAUGUGAAUAUGUUCUGGCAAAAGACUUUGUAAACAACACAUUUGAAAUAAGGCAAGAAAAUGAACCUUGUGGAAAUGGACUUCCGACGUGUACGAAAUCAUUGACAGUGAUAUUUACAAAUUCAACCUUCAUUGAACUGCGAAGAGGAAUGACGUUAGUUAAUGGUGUGAAAGUCACAUUGCCAUUUAGCUAUCCAGAUGUUAACAUUAGUAGACCUGGAAGUGGUCAAACAUUGGUAACAAGUGAUUAUGGCGUGACAGUAUUUUGGAACAAUGUCUACAAUGUGCGAGUGACAAUUCUAGGUCGUUAUAUAAAUAGAACAUCUGGUUUAUGUGGUACUUAUAAUAAAAGACGAGGUGAUGAUUUCUGCACUUACAAUGGAAUAUGUACAACUGAUUCUGUUGCAUUCGGAAAUUCUUGGAAAGUUGAUCCAGAAUGCGACGAAGCCGUUGAAGUGCCGCACCCAUGUGAUAUCAAUCCAGGGAGAAAAUUGAUAGCUCGUAAUAAAUGUUCAGCGUUAACCAAACCACCUUUCAGUAAUUGUUCCAGUUAUAUCGAUCCCGUUGAAGAAGGAUAUAUUGAAGAUUGUGAAUAUGAUAUGUGUGCUUGUGAAGAUGAUCCUGUUGUUUGUUAUUGUCAGGCUCUUGAAGCUUACGCUGAUGAUUGUGCUUCCAACGUUGUUAUACCUUGGGAGAGUCUAGAUGAAUCCUCAAUUUGCCGUACCCCUUGUGCGAGUGCUCCAUGUUACAAUGGAGGAAGAUGUACAAACGUUGGUGCUUCAUUUGAAUGUAGAUGUCAUCCUAGUUUCCUGGGAGAUAGAUGUGAAAUUCAAGAUCAAUGCCAAGUACCUUAUUUAUUCGUU